GACCAAUUUGGCCCCCACGUGAUAGAAGAAGAUAUAAAUUGAGUAAUAUGCCCCUCCACCAUGAGCCUCAUUCAUACUUGGCCCAACAUAUCCAAUCCACAAUCAAUCUCCCAAAAAUGGUCUUCAAAGUCCUCCUCUACGCAACCCGCAAAAGCGGCAUGACUCCGGCCGAAUUCAAAGCUCACUAUGAAAACGUCCAUAUGCCCCUCGUCAAAGAGGCCGGAGGUGCCGACUUCCCUCUCUCCCAUCGGCGCCUCUAUCUCUCCCGCCCAACGCCUGGCGAAGACAAUGGUUUCCCCCCUGCGGUGCUCAUCGGCUCCCCAGACGAUUUCUCCUUUGACGCUAUUGCGGAAUUGACCUUCCCGGAUGAGGCAGCGUUCAAGGUGUUUUUUACCCGGAGACACGAGCCGGGGACGAAGGAGUUGCUAGAUGCCGACGAGGAGAAAUUCUUGGAUCGGUCAAAGCUUAGGGCUGUUGUGCUGGGAGAUGUUCAAGAGACUACCAAGUGAUUCUUCAAUUGUUUUGGACCAUGAAGUUUUUGAAUGAAUUUGGUAUGAUUACUAGAUUGAUCUUGAAUGCAUCCAUAAUCAAAGCAAUCCGUAUGCCGUUAAUAUACGCAGUGCCCUAAGU